AUGAUAUAAGAUUGGUAACAAUCAAAUCAAAAUAAUACUACUGCACCUUUGAAGAAGCAUAUUACACCAAAAUAUACCCUCUCUGCUAUUGAUGAUGAUAUUUUGUCUUAUUCAACUAGAAGUCAUUCUUACUUCUAAAACACUAAUGAUUCUCUUCAGGAUAUUUAAGACCCUAUCUUGAAAAGUCUAAUGAAAGAAGUUAUAAAAGAAAAUGAUCUUUAAAAUUUUAGGAGAUCGCACAUCAAAAAGAGUCAAAAGUAACGAGCUUCUUUUAUAGAGAUUAUUGGCUCUAAGAUCCUAGAAAAUAACACGAUACAGGGAAUCAUCAAUAAAGUUGUAAGCAGGAAAGAUGAGUUUACUAUAAAUCUAUAGAUUAAAGAUGAAUUUUUUACUUUUUGUGGCUCUGACGACAAUUUAUUUGAGUCUUAACCGAACUCUAUAGAAAUAAAAGAUUUUGACGGUGAUUUAUUUUUACUGGACAAUUCUGAAAGUAUUGUAUUUCAUGAAAUAGAAGAUCAAGAAGUUAAAUAAGAAGAAAAAGCAGGUGUUUUAAAUAAAAAUAAUGCUAUUAAACAAACUCACUAACGGCAAUUUAGCAAGUUUUUAGAUGAUGACGAUAGUUGA